GGCACGUGAAAUUGCUUUUCCGGUAGAAUCAACUGAUCUACCAACUCUCACCACCAUUGAUUCAAGUACUGAAGCUUGGGCUCCAUCUUUUGCUGAGAUGGUGGGACCUGAUCCCCUUCUUACUAGAGAGAUGCAACCUCCCACUGUUCUAGUACCAGUAGAAGGGAACUUACCUCAAAGUGGCACGACAAGUUCUGGUUCUAUUGGGACAUCAUCAAAUGUGUUAUCUCUUGAGAAGACUUCUGCGUAUAAAUUGGCGUUGAUCAGGAAUUCCAUAUUAGCUAUUGUUGAGAUAUUUAAAGAUCCUGAUCAAUGGUCAGAUCUAGCUGUUUCUUUAGAUGUUCUGGACAGUGCUGCACGGAUGGCUAAAGUCAACAUUUCUUUCGUAUGCGAUGAUCUCCUAAGAUUCCAUAAUUCAAUCAUUACUCUGACAUCAGCUGAAACUGUGAUUGUCCCACCUGAGAUUUUGGAGUAUAAGAAGUAACUUGCAUACUCUAGGGAGAAGGUUUCUCAGAUUGCUCCCAUCGUUUCUCGUCACGACCAAGAACAACUAUCUUUAUAGGAGCAACUAAAUACUUUUGUUGAUAACAAGACAACUAUUCAGGAUCGUAUUGCCCUUUUGAAGCAAGAAAUCGCUCAGCUAGAGAAGCAGGAUCUGGAGGAAGAU